AUGCCGCCGCCGCUGGCGCAGGUGCAGGAGCUGCGGGACCGCCUCUCCGACCGGUUCCGGCCGUGGAGCCGCUCCGCGCAGUUCUGGGUCCGCGCCGUCGACAUCUACGGCAGCUACAAGGUGUGCCAGCUGCGCACGGGGUUCGUCAAGGAUGAGGAGGAGCGGGAGGCCAUGUGGGAGCAGCAGCACGAGAUCGGCGCCCAGAAGAUGUACUCGCUCUGCUCCGAGCUCGGCGGCCUCUUCCUCAAGGCUGCUCAAAUUCUGGGCAAGCCCGAUUUGGCGCCGACGGCCUGGGUGAAGAGGCUUGUUACAUUGUGCGACAAGGCUCCGUCCACGCCGAUCGAAGUUGUCAGAGAUGUUGUAGAGAAACAGUUCUGCAAGAGCUUUGAUGAGAUAUUUGAUUUCUUUGAAGUUGAGCCUGUUGGGUCUGCUUCUAUUGCACAGGUGCACCGAGCGAGGCUUAAAUCAUCAAAGACAGAUGUUGCUGUCAAGGUUCAACAUCCAGGAGCUGAACAAUUGAUGAUGGUUGAUAUCCGGAACAUGCAAGCAUUUGCCUUGUUCUUACAGAAAUAUGACAUCAACUUUGAUCUGUUCUCCGCCACAAAAGAGAUGGAAAAGCAGAUAUGCUAUGAGUUUGAUUUUGUGCGAGAAGCGAGAGCAAUGGAAAGAAUACGAGAAUUCUUACGUGUCAGCAAUAAGAAACCUCCAGUUAUGGUGCCUCGUGUGAUUCCUGGAAUGAUUAGCAGGGAGGUCUUGGUCAUGGAAUUCAUACAAGGAACUCCAAUAAUGAAUCUCAGCAGUGAAAUGUCUAAAAGAGGAAUUGAUCCUGCUGGUAAGCUUGCAGCAAUGGCAAAGCAGAAGAUUCUGACGGAUCUUACACUUGCUUAUGGCCAAAUGAUCUUGAAGGAUGGCUUUUUCCAUGCAGAUCCACACCCAGGAAACAUCCUUAUCUGCAACAACACAGAGGCAACUUUGCUUGACUAUGGACAAGUGAAAGAAAUGCCAGAGGAUUUACGACUGGCUUAUGCAAAUCUUGUCAUUGCCAUGGCCGAUGAUGACCUUUUGAGAACUAAAGAAAGUCUCAGUGAAUUUGGUUUCAAAACAUGGAGUAUAGCAGACAAUGAGCUAGAAGAACUGUUUCAGUUAUCUCUUAGAAUGUUUGAUACAAGAUUACCGCCUGGAGUAACCGUGCUCUCGCCCUUUGCUGAUGAUUCUUCACUGAAUAAAGUUGGAGUAGAGAGCUUCCCAGAGGAAUUAUUUUCGGUGCUUCGAACGAUACAACUGUUGCGCGGGCUGACUGUAGGGAUGGGCCUCCGUUUUUCUUGUGCUCAGCAAUGGAAACCAAUUGCUGAGGAAGCUUUGUUAAAGGCUGGGAGAAUAAAAGAUGUAAAAUCAAGAAGACCAAGAAGAAGUUUCCUUAGAAGGUUCUUUUAG